AUGGAUCAGAAUCGAGGGUUUCGGGAAGUAGCGCCCCCCGAUGAAGCUGAGCAGCAUGCGCAGCGAAGUCAGCUAACCAUGAACAAAACCGGCAAGCGAAGCUACCAAAGAGCUUGUAAAGUUGCCCUGGCGAAGGGAGCAGCACUUUACAAAGGCCGUCUUCUGACAGCUCAGGCUCUAGGAGCUCAUGAAGGACAAUUCGCGUCUCCUGCGAAAGCGGAGAAGCGUUCUUUUCAACCGAACAGACAGAUCCAUCACAAAUUUGACAUGGAAGUCCUUACUUGGAACGCAGGCUCAAUUACAAGCCGAGUUUGGAACGAGAUUCUGGCCCUUUUGGCAACAACAGAGUACAAGAACAUCAAAAUCGUCUUCCUGCAGGAAUCGCAUUGGCAGCAGGACCAGGUCUACAGCUCAGGCCCGUGGUCAGUCUUAACCUGUGGCUCAACAAGCAGACACAAGGCUGGCCUGGUUGUCUUGGUGCAUAGCUCACUGGCUCCUCUUUCAGAAAUUCGCAGCACUUCCAUUGUUCCAGGGCAUUUGCAGCACGUCAUGAUCCCGUGGCAGAGAUCCAGGAUACAUCUCCUGAACCUGUACCAGCACGUCUGGGAUUCAAAGCUUUCGAAGACGGAAAACAGAGGCAGGAGAAAGGACGUGAUGACACAGCUCGAAAAUCGAAUACAGAGAGUCCCGCAACGUGAUUUCUUGAUUGUGGCUGGGGAUUUCAAUGCGCAUGCGGUGACUGAACGUCCUCAUAUUGGACCAAGUGUGCCUCAUCGAGUACGGUUUGCAAAUGCGGAUGUGAAGACACUGCCCUCGCUCUGCAAAUCCUGUGGACUCACUGCGCUGAACACAUGGGCUUCUGGCCAUCGCAGUACGUAUACUAACAGUGAUGGCACAUAUUCCUCGCAGAUCGAUUUUAUGCUGGUCAGACUGCACGAUGCUCGGAGGAGAUCCAAGGAGGCCUACUCUGAUAAGAACUUUCCUGUGGCUGCCUACAGAGAUGGAUCAAAACAUUUUCCAGUGCGAGCUACUCUGUUCAUUCCUCCUUACAGUCCUACGCCCAGCAAGCCACGGCCGUUUGAUGCCACAGCCCUGGAUGCGAGCUUUCGGCGGAAAGAUGACAACUGGCAUGCAUACUCACAUCGUCUGACGGAAGCAGUGGUGAGGACAAUGCAAGAGAGACCGUCUUGGCAAGAACUGGAUGAAGUGAUGGUUCGUGUAUCAGCUGAGCACUAUCCUCCUCCACGCAAGUCUCAGCCAGCAGCAGGUCCAAUUCAUCAGGAAUAUUGGAAGAAAGUGCGGCAAAUCCAGGCGCACAAGCGGGCUGGAACCGAGCAUAAUCCAGACUGCCAGAAGCUUGUGGAGGACAUCAAAGAGGAGGAAACUUGCUCCGUGGCGCCCAGUGCAGAGAGUCAACCUAAGGGAUCAAGCAGGUGA